AUUGUUGUAAGUACUGGGCCAUACCAAAUGCAACCGAGGAGAGGGGGGGUGAGAGUGCCUUCAUUAUUCCGGCACUUGAACGGUUGGACAGCUGCUGUCUGUUUGUCUGACCAUGCGCCUAGAGCUCGAGGCCCGUCCUGCUGCACUACCGCGCCGUGUUCACAGGCUCAUCCCGGAGGUUGUUGGUCAGACCCCGCUGCAGGACCAGGACCAGGACCGGAGGAGGGGCGCAUAGAGGCACCUAGGUGCGGAGAGGACUCAGAGGAGAGAAAAGACGCACAGGGCGCAACGGGCCUCUGCGCUUUGCUUUCAUCGCUAAGAAAGGAAAGCAUCUCCUCCUCCUCCUCUUCCUCUGUGUAUCACCGGAACAACAGACUCCCCAGCGAGACAGGAGCACCGCAAGACCCGCCUGGACCCGCCUGGACCCCCUUUAUUGCCUCCCUUUGUCUGCGUGACUGCGUGGAUUUCCAGGGAACAUGUCUUCUGUGAGGGGGAUGCUUUUGCUGCCAGUCCUGUGUAGCAUCAUCAGCACCUCCAGCGCUGCAUCCUCAGUAUCCCGAAAGUGUGAGGACAGCUUGGCCACUCCUCUUCCCUUCAGCUCCUUCACCUCCUCUUCAGUGUUCGGCCGAGGACGUGAAGCGGGUCAUGCCAAACUCAACCGGAAACAAGGUCUUGGAGGGUGGACCCCCUUGGAAACAGACCAUCAGCAGUGGUUACAGGUGGACCUGGGUUCAAGAAAGCAGGUGGUUGCGAUAGCCACGCAGGGUCGCUACAGUACCUCUGAUUGGACCAGCAAGUACCGACUGCUGUACAGUGACACGCAGAAGAACUGGAGGCCUUACCUGCAGGACGGGAACAUCUGGACGUUUGAGGGGAACGUGAACAGCGAGGGUGUGGUUCGGCACGAGCUGCUGCACCCCGUCCUGGCUCGCUUCAUCCGUUUCAUCCCUGUGGCCUGGAGCCGAGAGGGACGCAUCGGAGUCCGCCUGGAGCUCUACGGCUGCUCGUACUGGGCGGAUGUGAUCAGUUUUGACGGCCAUGGCGUCAUCUCUUACCGCAUCAAAAGUAGGAAGAUUGUAAAGGAUAUCACCACCCUGAAGUUCAGAACCAUGGCUAGAGAUGGAGUCCUGCUGCACGGAGAAGGACAGCAGGGAGACUACAUCUCCCUGGAGCUCCGCAGGGCAAGACUACAGCUCAGCAUCAACCUAGGCAGUAACCAGUACGGGUCCAUUCAGGGUCACACCUCUGUGACCAGCGGGAGCUUACUGGAUGACGACCACUGGCACUCAGUGGUUAUAGAGCGUUACCGAAGAAAUGUCAACUUCACUCUGGACCAUCACACUCAACAGUUCAGGACCAACGGAGAGUUUGACCACCUGGAUCUGGACCAUGGGAUCAGUUUUGGAGGCAUUCCUGCGUCAGUGAAGCCGAGCACCGGAGCGAGAGAGAACUUUAAAGGCUGCAUGGAGGGAAUCACCUACAAUAAAGACAACAUCACCAGCCUGGUCCGCAGGAAGAAGGUCGACGUCUCCAGCUUUCGUAACCUGACCUUCUCAUGCGCUGAAUCCAACUCCUUCUCGGUCUUCUUCAACUCCACGUCCUUCCUGCGGUUGCCCGGUCAGGGCGACAGCGACACUCUGUCGGUCAGCCUGUCUUUCAGGACCUGGAACCCCAACGGACUCCUGAUGUUCACGGCGCUGGCCUACGGCUGGGUGGAGGUGGGACUGACGGAGGGGAAGGUGACUGUCCACGUGAAUGUGACGCAAAGGCCGAACACACGCAUCGAUAUCUCAUCGGGUUCGGGGCUGAAUGAUGGCCAGUGGCACAGUGUGCAUCUAAAUGCUCUGGAAUACUACGCUAUGCUAACAGUUGAUGGGGACGAGGCGUCCACAGUCAGAACAGCCAUCCCCAUCCAGAUCCAGACCGGAGGAACCUACUACUUUGGAGGCUACUUCCUCCCGACCAUCAGCCGAUCCCUGCAGCGCUCCUUCCAGGGCUGCAUGCAGAUGAUCCACGUAGACGACCAUCUAGCCGACCUCAGGGCCGUGGAGCAGGGCCUCAUCGGAACCUUUGAAAACGUCAGUCUGGAUAUGUGCGCCAUCAUAGACAGGUGUGUUCCUAACCACUGUGAGCACGGAGGAAGCUGCUCACAGACGUGGGACUCAUUCAGCUGCAACUGUAGCGGCACAGGCUACACCGGAGCCACCUGCCAUACCUCCAUGUAUCAGCAGUCCUGUGAGGAGUAUAAGCACCAGGGGAAGAACUCAGGGAGUUACUGGAUCGACCCAGACGGCAGUGGAUCUCUGGCUCCUUUCAGAGUCAGCUGUGACAUGACGGAGGAGAUCGUUUGGACCACCCUGAAGAACAAUCUGUCCCCUCAGACCUCAGUGAACAGUGCAGACCAGGAGGAGAAGGCUGUGCUGCAGAUCACGUACAAUGUGACUGAUGUACAGGUUCUGUCAGUCACCAGAGGUGCCAGUUACUGUGAACAGUAUUUAGCGUACGCCUGCCGAAUGUCUCGUCUGCUGAACACUCCAGCAGAAGGAGCCCCAUUCACCUGGUGGGUGGGAAGAGCCAAUGAGAGGCACUUUUACUGGGGGGGUUCAGGACCAGGGAUACAGAAGUGCUCCUGUGGUAUCGAACACAACUGUACCGACCCCAAGUACUUCUGCAACUGUGACGCUGACCUUCGUUCCUGGAGGGAAGAUGCAGGCCUCCUGGUUUACAAAGACCAUCUCCCAGUGAGUCAGGUUGUAGUCGGCGACACAAGCAGAGCGGGAUCUGAAGCCAAACUGACAGUCGGGCCACUAAGAUGUCAAGGGGACCGGAGCUACUGGAACGCCGCCUCCUUCAGCAGUCCUGCUUCCUACCUGCACUUCCCUUCCUUCAGAGGAGAAACCAGCACGGACAUCUCCUUCUAUUUCAAGACGUCCUCCACUCAUGGAGUCUUUCUGGAGAACCUUGGAACCACUAAUUUCCUCCACAUUGAGCUCAGAGGAGGCUCCAUGGUUGUCUUCUCGUUUGACGUGGGCAGAGAGCGGGUGGAGCUCAGCGUCCACUCACAUGUGCCCCUGAAUGAUGACCAGUGGCAUCGUGUGGAGGCUGAGAAGAACAUCAAGGAGGCGGUGCUGCAGCUGGAUGGACAGCACAGAGAGGUCAGACCUACCCCUCCUCAGGGACACUCAAAACUGGAGUUCUACAGUGAGCUAUAUGUUGGCGCCUCCAGUGGUCAGAGGGGUUUCCUGGGCUGCAUGCGGGCUCUGAAGAUGAACGGCGUGACCUUUGACCUGGAGGGGAGGGCGAGGAUGACUCCAGGGGUGAACUCAGGCUGCCAGGGCCACUGCAACAAAUACGGGAUGCACUGCAGGAACGGAGGGAAGUGCGUGGAGCAAUACAACGGAUACUCCUGUGACUGCUCCCACACUGCAUACGAUGGACCCUUCUGCACUGAUGAUGUUGGUGGCUACUUUGAGACAGGAACCCUGGUACGGUACGACUUCCUGCCGGAGACGGGAACUUCUCCAGUGCCGGAGCAGAGGAGCCUGCCAGGUUCUGGUCUUCCGAUUGAGGCGAACCUGACACACGAGGAGCUAGUGUUCAGCUUCAGCACCUCCAGUGCUCCCAGCAUCCUGGUCUACAUCAGUUCAAGGACUCAGGACUACAUGGCUGUGGUGCUCAGGCACAACGGCACUCUCCAGAUCCGAUACAGCCUUGGGGGGCUAACAGAACCUUACACCAUAGAUGUGGACCAUAGGAACUUGGCCAACGGACAGCCACACUCUGUGAACAUCACGAGGAACUUAAGAGAGAUACGACUACAGCUGGACCACUAUCCAGUGUCCACAUACACGCUGCCUGACACCUCGGACACUCAGUUCAACUUGAUCAAAAGUAUAUUCCUUGGAAAAGUCUUUGAAACAGGACAGAUUGACCCCAUCUUGAUCGAGCGCUACAACACCCCGGGCUUUGUGGGCUGUCUGUCGAGGGUCCAGCUGAACAGCGUGGCCCCUCUGAAAGCUGCACUGCGCUCCGGCAUGUCGGCUGCAGUCAGCACCCAUGGGAUUUUGGUGCCUUCCAACUGUGGAGCCUCACCCCUGACCAUCUCCCCUAUGGCCUCAGCCAGCGACCCCUGGCACGUAGAAGCAGCUGGAGCGGUUUUUCCCUUCAAUGAGGACAAGGCCAGGAGUGACGAGGUGGACCGCAACUCUGCAAUAAUUGGAGGCAUCAUCUCCAUGGUCAUCUUCAUCGUCCUCGGGAUCAUGGUGUUCGUCAUCCGCCAUCUUUUCCGUCACAAAGGCUCCUACCACACCAACGAGGCGAAGGGGGCGGAGUCGGCAGACUGCGCCGACGCAGCGAUCAUCGUCAACGACCCCGCCUUCACCGAAACCAUCGACGAGAGCAAGAAGGAGUGGUUCAUCUGAAGCCCAGCCCGACCACUCGGCUCAUGACAUUAGGAUGUAUGUAGUUUUUCUAAGAAGCCUAGGGAGUAGUAGAGAGGAGACCAGCUGAGGAAACCUCGAGGACGUAGUGAGUGGUUUAUUCGUUGAGUUUUAUGGACACCGUGGGGUUUGGGAGUGUGGGUGUUAAAGCACAGUGCUGCUGGGCGGAGCCUGAAGAGAUGAGACUCGGUUUAUUCUCUGAUGAGGACAGCAGGACGGCAGCCUUCAGGUGGAGUAAAGGAUGGUGCCAUGAAGUUAAAAAGGCCUUGGAUGAGUGAAUGUGUUCACGAGCUUUUACGUUUUGUAUUCGUUUCUAUUUGAUUUCAGUUCACAGUUAUUUAUUUAUUUAUUUAUUUAUUUAUUUUUCAGUAAUAUAUAUUUUUUCAUCAACCUUCAGAACUGAACAUCUUUACGCCUUUGUGUUCUUGCUGGUCUAUCAUCUGCAUCGCUCCCGGCGAUGCUCUUUAAUCCAUUACCGCAGUAAUCCUCGACGCCUGUAGCAACGCUCAAGAAUUCCUCUUUCAAAAUUUAUGAAACCUUGAUUUCAGUCAUUUGCCUUAUUUUUACAUUUAUGACAAUAAAGUUUCAUUUCAGCCUUAAGACAGAGAACUCUGGGGUGUGAGAGUGUGGGUGUGUGUGUGUGUGUGAGUGUGUGUGGGGGGUGACUUGCUUACUUGUGUGUGAAGGAGAUGUAGCCAUGACUCUGGACUUCUAAAGAGGAAAUGUCACACUUUAUUUAUUUCUAUCUACUAGCUUUUAACGUCUUUGUGACUUUUUCCUUUUCCUCUUUUUGAUUGCAUCUUUUUGUUUUGACUUGUUUGAUGCCAAAAGAGUCCGGAGGGUCGGUGCAGCUUUUUGAAGAAUGGACUGAGCUCCUCUCACUUUCUUUUCUUUCUUUCUUUCAGACAUGACGCAGAGGUUGACUCUGUUAGAGUGAUAGCACAGAAACAUUUGUUCAAAAAUAGACACCACAAAAUGUACUGUUUUUCAAUUUCUUAUGUAUUUAUUUUAUUUUAACACAUUGAUUAAAUUAAAGGAACAAUUUGAAGUCAUGCAUCCAGCACAGAGAGCACUGAGGGAUGUGUUCAGCCCAUAGACUGUAUAUAUAGUGGACAGCGUCGCUCCGCCUCUUCCCACUGUACGGUUUUGAAGCCAAAAUAUCCCGUUCCAGAACGCUGACAUCUUGUAAAUUUUCUGCAGCCAGAGUCUGUUUCUGAAACGGCCUGCUACAUACUACCUACUGAUGUAGCAGGCAGUAGGUAUUGCCUACUACAUACUGCAUUUGAAUUUAGUCUGUAGUAUGACAGUUCUGUUUGAUCUCUGUUGCAGUACGUUGAGUCAGACGUCACUGGAUUUCCGGUUUCGGAAAGUGGAAGUAAACAACGGUUAGAGAAACUGCUUCUUUAGCAUCACUAAUGAUUUAAAAAGUUAGGAAGUGGUUUAAAUGUAAUUUGAUUUCCUCCCGUCAAAAAAAGAAGGAAAAAGAAAAAGCAGAACGUUAGCGCUGUGCAUUGUGGGAAACGGUACGCAAGGCAGACUGGUCCGAUGCAUACUGUGAAAUUUUCCUGAAUUAGUAGACAUCCGGGGGGUUCUGGCAUACUGCAGAUUUUGCUCUUGUUCCCUUACUACAUACUGAAUUCUGGCCUAAUCAGUACGUACUGCCAGAGUCUGCGCAGUUGCGAAUUUGUGUGAUAAGCUCCGCCCUACAGCGUACCAUCCCGAGGUCCUACAGAGUUUCUCUCUACGGCAGCUGUCAAUCAAAGUAAAACCAGAUGUUAACCCUGUUUUUUAACCUCUAAUAACCACAGACUGUAUGAAAUAUGGACAUAGUAUCCGUGACGUCACCCAUCUGUUUGUGAAGCGCUGUUUUGAGGCCAAUCGGCGGCGGCAGCCAUAUUGCUGCUGUGGAGCCAGUGUGACGUAAAGAGGCGGAGUUUGAGCCUCCUAGCUAACAGCUACAGUGUCCCCGCAGUCAGCUGUGCCUCUCAUUGGAAGACUCAUAAUCUCAAUAUCUUCAAAAUUGCUGUGUUAGAAAAAAAUUCACCCCCCCCUCACAGUGUGUGCCAAUCAAGAAAUGAGCUAUCCAGACUACACUGGUCUUUUUUUAUUUUUUUAAUAGCAUUAAUAGCACAAAAAGAAAAAAAAACCCAAUACUAAAGCGGAAGAUUUUGAUUUAUUACAUGAUUAAUUUAAGUUGAGAAAAGAAAAUAAUAAGAAUUCUCAGUCUAUUCCAAGGCAGGUAAUUGAUAACCACUCGUCACCAAGAUACACUCUGAGGGGGGGACCACUUUUUGAUAGAGUCAUCAAGGGUUCCUUGUAGUGCAUGGGAUAAUCUCUUAUAAGGAACAAUAGAUACAAAGUAGGUGGAUGUGCUUCAAGCCACACUUGCAGCAUACAACAUAAUAUUGAGCAGUUCAGCCUUUGGACCAGAUAAUGAUUUAAUACACUCGUCUUUGGUACCAGGCUGUAAACAUGAUUAUUUCUGCUGUAAAGAUCAGCUUUUUUGAAUGAGUGUGUAUGUGGUUUCCUGUACUUCUGGAGCCAGCCUCAAGUGGAUCCUCAAUGAACUGCAGUUUUUAACACUUCUGCAUUGGACUCAUAUUUUUAGACCGCUUGCUAAUAACUAAUGAAAAAUAAACUUUUCAGAAAAAAAGAGGCCUUGAACACAAAACAGUCAAAUACUAACUACAUAUCAUCACAGCAUACGGAUGUGAGAAACAUUCGUACGACGUGUGUUUAUUUUUUAAAGUUUGACCGCAGAGAGUUUUUGACCUAUACAGCAGCCAGCCACUAGGGGGAGCAGCUUUUGUGGCGGCCUCACUUACAAUGUUACAAUGUCAUUUAGCAGACGCUUUUAUCCAAAGCGACGCACAUACGAGAACAAGAGCAACACAAGCAAAGAUUUAGACAAGAGGAAACAAGAUCAGUAAGAGGAACAAAGAGCUUCAAGUCCAUUUGGGUGAGUUCACCCAAGCCGAGCGAGAUGACGUCCAUUUUUUAUACAGUCUAUGGUUCCGCCUGAGGACAUUUAGAAACAAAUUAACUGUUUAAAAACGUUUAAAAAACUUUAAGUUGUCUGGUUUGAUUUUAAUAUUUUGUAAACUUGACAUUACAGUAGAGAUAAGACGGAGCUCUGACCUGACUCCCGCCUCAAAGAGAGAUUCAGAUCCUCAAGAAACAUCAACCCUGAUGUCUUCUACAGUUCAGGCUUAAGACACCUUGUGGGUCUUGUUGUAUGAAGUGCUGUAACUUCAGUCACAUCAGUCCUCUGCCUUUAGAAAGGUUUAGGUAAAGACUCAUUUUGGAUCAGAUGUAGAAGAGCCUCAUCCUCCCUGAGAGAGAGCGGCGGAGCUGUUCAUCAGAAGUUAAAGGAACAGAAGAUAAGUUCAGACGAGAGACUGAGACAGUGAAGAGACGGGGUCAGGUCAGAGAUACAUAAACAUAACUGGAUUCAUUUUUGAUAGAAGUGAGAAGUCUCCCUUAAACGUAUCUCUGUGCUGGAUGAAGAUUUUGAAGUGCAAUGAAUCUACCAGAUAAAGAAAGUUGUUGUCCCCAGCUACAGAUUUUUGAGUGAGUGAUGAUGUUUUCUUGAGCUUGGUGGAUCUGGUUUUCGGAUAAGAUGGCCAUGCUAAGGACUUUGGAGCGGCUCCUUCAUGACGUGGGACUGCUUCUCUAACUCGUGGCUACCUCUUCAGACGGGCGUGAAGAACUUUGAGACUCUUCUUUGGAAACCUUUGCUUUGUCUUUGAUUUUUAUGAAGUAGAUAUUUUUCUGCAAAUGAAUGUUUGUUAUCCACAUUCAAAAACUCUGGCUAACAUUCUGACAUUUGAUUGUAUUGCAUUUCUAUUCCUUUGACUGCACCGCAGUGUAAUGGCAUGCUGUUUGACACGGAAUGACACAAAUUUCUUAUGCUGAGCCACUGUAGCAUCACAUUUUCUCUUCAUGUGUAAAUCUGUUCUUUUUUAUAAGUGAUACAUCAUUCUUUGUGCUUUCUCAAGUUUGGAAACUUGUGAUGCUUCCUGUUGGAAAGAUCAGUAAAAUAUGACACAGCAGUG